AUGGAGGAGAUGCGGGCACAGCUCGCGGCCUUGAUGGAAAGCAUCAAGGCCCAGCCGACUGAUUUCACCGAUCCGGAAGUAUGCAAGUACUUCUUGACCGGUCUCUGCCCUCAUGAUCUAUUUGAGAAUACGGAAACUGGCCUCUACAUCAAGGGCUACCGAUUUUCCUUGGGUCCGUGCAAGAAAACACACAGCGAAGAGCUGCGAGCAAGGUACAUGGAGGCAAGGAAAACGAGACGCUAUGGAUAUGAAGAGUUGUCGAUCCAGAUCGUCAAGCAGCUCAUUGAAGAAGCUGAGAGGAAGGUGGAGAAGGGACAGAUGAGGUCGGACGAGGGACACGUUGCGCCCCCCGAGCACGUACGACAGAGACUUCUGGCUGAGAUCAAAACUCUUGACGACGACAUAGACGAGAAGCUGAGGAAGGUUGACAUACUAACCGAACAAGGGGACCAUGACGCGGCGGCAAACUUAGGAGAGGUCGUGGCUUCUCUUCAAGUGAAACGCUGCAAAUUGCUGUUCAAAGGAGCAGAAGGGACUCCACAGAAGCUUCGCCCUUGUGACGUCUGCGGAGCCUUGCUGUCUGUCUUCGACACCGACAAGCGCCUCGAUGAGCACUUCCAGGGUCGCAUUCAUGUAGGAUUCCAAAAGCUUCGCAACAUUCUAAAGAAACAUCUCGAAUACAUUGCGUCAGCACCUCUUCCCGACGCGUCUCUUAGGCCGCAGACGAUGGCGACCGGAACGCUCUCGGUGAACGCCAUGAUGGCCGUCAACCAAAUUAUCACCCCACCUCCGCAGCGAGUGGAUCCUGCUGCUAUUGCAGCUAUCGCCCGAGCGGCACAACUGCCUCCAGCACCAGCGCCGCCUCAACCACCCGCUCCACCUGUGAGCACUGUGGCUGUGCCGGCGGCGCCCGCUGCGCCUGCUCCGCCGGCCGAGAACAGAGGCCGAAGUCGCAGCCGGUCAUCCGCCGACGACAAAUCAGGAAGCCGCAGCAGAGAUCAUGACAGGAAGAAGAAAAGUCGAAAGAGGUCACGCUCCCGGCAUCGCUCGAAGAGUCGAGAUAGGAAGAGGAGUAGCAGCAAACACAAAAAGCACCGAAGCAGCAAAGACAGCAGCAGAGACAGAGAUAGGGGAAGAAGAAAAGAUGACCAUAAGGAAAAGCACAGGCACAAGGAGAGCAAGAGCAGGAAGUGA